AUGGGUGACUGGAGCUUUCUGGGGCGGCUGCUGGAGAACGCUCAGGAACACUCCACUGUCAUAGGAAAGAUCUACCAUUUGGGCUGGAAGAAGGUCAAACAAGGGGUCACCAAUGAGUUCUCCCCCACCUCUGAGUCACUGCUGCUGGGUUCACAUGGUCGUGGUGAUGCAGUCACCGUGGCAGAGCAGAGCUCUCCUCCGGUGCACGACUGUUUGCCAACAUACAACCGUGUGAGUGAGGUGAAUGGCGCCCCGGCUGAGGGCGGCACAUACAGUCCCAUUGAAGUGCCGAUGGUUAUACCUCUGAACCCCAACACGACAGCGCCCCCAUACCCGCUGAAGGCAGGAGGGGACAGCUUAAUGGUGGAGGGCAUGUCCAGUCCCCUUUAUGAGAAAGUGAGCAUCGGGAGCCACAGUCACAUAGCUGCAAUGGAGCAGAACUGGAGCAACAUGGCACUGGAGCUCCAGUCUUCAGAUGGUAAAAACUCCCCCAGCUCUGACCACCCUACGGCUCCAUCUCCCCCCAGCUCAGCCUCCUCUUCCCCCCAACAGGAGAUGACUCCACCACACCCAGAUGAAGAGCUUCUGUCGUCUUUCCCCACACUGCCCCGCGACACCCCCCUCAACCUCAUCGCUCCCAAAGAGGAACCAGAGAGUGAGGAGAGCCCCUCACCAGACGACUUUACCAUCGUCACCAAAGCAGAGAUGCACCCGCCUCCAGCUGCCCUUCUGACCGACAUCCAGAGGUCUAAUCGAGCCUGCAAGCCCAGUAUCCGCGCUCGCCCUGACGACCUGGCAGUGUAG